AUGGUCCUCGGCUGGCUGCUGCUUCUGAUGAUGGCUCUGCCCCCGGGCACGACGGGCGUCAAGGACUGCGUCUUCUGUGAGCUGACCGACUCCGCGACCUGCCCCGGUAUCCCCAUGCGCUGUGGCGAUGACGAGGACUGCUUCACGGGCCAUGGCGUGGCCCCAGACAUUGGCCCCAUCAUCAACAAGGGCUGUGUGCAGAGCACUUUGUGUGGCCGCGAGGAGCCUGUCAGCUACAAGGGCGUCACCUACAGCCUCAUCACCACCUGCUGCACGGGCCACCUGUGUAAUGGGGCCCUCGACCCCUCAGGCAGCCGGAUGGCCGGGGCCACCACCAGCCUGGCGCUGGGUGUGCUGCUGUUGCUCCGACACGUGCUGUGA